AUGGGCAAGGCGGAGGAGAAGAUCAAGAAGGGGGGCUUCGGGUUCAUUUUCGACAUCGACGGCGUGCUCAUGAAGGGAAAGGACCCGAUUCCCGGCGCCAGGGACGCGAUCGAGCUGGUCAACAAGGCCGGCGUGCCCUACUGCGCCAUCACCAACAACGGCGCGGAGCUCGAGGCCGGCCGCGCCGCCCGACUGAGCAGGGACCUCCAGCUGCCCUGGCCGCGCGAGCGCAUGGUCAUGUGUCAUACCGCGCUCCAGGACGAGGCGCAGCGCUUCGGGAAGCGCCUCGUGCUCGUCUCGGGCCGCACGCGGGCCAAGGGCGGCGCGAAGGAGAUCCUGCGGGAACACGGCUUCCAGAACGUCGCGUCCAUGCUCGAGUACACAAAGUGCCGCCCGGAGCUGGUGCCGCACCUGGAUCUGGGCCCGCGGCCGCCGUACGCGGCGGUCGGAAAGCAGCCCGUCGCCGCGAUCGUCGUGCUCGAGAUGCCCGAGGACUGGCAUGCGGAGCUGCAGGUCAUGGUCGACCUCCUGACGUCGACGGGGACGCCCGGAUCGCCCGCGCCGCCGGGCGAGCAGCCCGUGGAGCUCCUCUUCACAAACUUCGACUUCACGUUCCCCUCCGCGACCGCGCCGCCCCGCCUCGGCCCCGGCGCCUUCUACGACGCCCUCGCAGCGCUCUUCCGCGCCGUCCGCCCGGGCCAGGAGCUCGCGUGCACGCGCCACGGGAAGCCGCACCCGCAGCCGUACGUGUACGCGAUGAAGCUGAUGGAGGCGCAGCUGCACGCCGACCUGCACGAGGACCCCGCGCUGCACAUGCGGCGCGUGUACGCGGUGGGCGACAACCCCGCGAGCGACGUGCGCGGGGCGCGGGCCGCGGGCGCGGCGUUCGUGCCGAUACUGGUGCGCACGGGCGCGUGGCACGGCGGCGAGGGUUGCGAUAACGACGAGAGGGACCCGGCGGAUCACGUGUGCGGGGAUGUGCUCGAGGCGGUGCAGCUGGUGCUGGCGCUCGAGGAGGGCGCGGGGCCGCCGGCGCGGAAGAAGGUGAAGGUGGAGGGGGCGUGA